AUGACUUCACCAGACCGGCCAAAGCCACCUCCAAUACUUCACUCACAUGCAACCCACCCUAAGCUCACCGCGCCGGCUCGAGCAGCUACCGCACUCGAAACCAGAACCCCGAAGAAAUCGCACCUCCACUCCCUGCACCACCACCACCACCACCACCACAAGAACCACAACCACCACGUGAGAGAUGCCGUGCAAUCAGCAGUCCAGCUCUACCACCCCUCGCCCUUCGGAGACACCACAAAGCAGCCAAAGCACGGCUCAUCAGACACGGCGCCCUCGAGCGUGCCCUCGGUCUCUGGCAGCAGAAGAGGCAGCUUGGGUAUACUGGGCGAGAGUGUGGAACAUCGGGGCGCAGUUCAGAUACCAAGAGUAGUGCGUCCGGAAGAUGUGGAGGUCGAGCGGCAGCGCAAUGAGAAGAGGGAGGAGGAGCUGCGUACCUCGCUCCAGACGCUGUCGGAGCACUCGCUCCGCGCAACGCGCCAGCUGGAUGACACAUACUAUUCCAUUCUGGAGAAGGCCUCGGUGCUUCAGUCGACUAUUGACAGGCUUCAGCAACUAUCCACCAGGAUGAAGGAGCUGCAUUCAGAGUUUGAGGGCGAAACCGAUGAGCUGGGAGCUGACAUACAAGCCCAGAUUGACGGGUUUGGAGGCUUCAGCCACCAGAAGGAAAAGGUGCAAGAGUUGGAAAACCGCGUCAAAGCGGGCAGAGAAAGGACAGGCGCUCUGACUGCCCGGCUCGAAGAUGCCAGCAAACGCAUUGACGCGAGGAAGGAGCUGGAGGCUGAAUGGCAGGCCGCAGCCCGCCGCCGGAUGAAGGUGUUCUGGAGCAUCGUGGGCGCUGUGAUUGCGUUGAUCACACUCACGGUACUCGUUUAUUCAGCGAGGACAUCUUCGAGCCAGGGCAGUACGCUGGGCGUACCUCGACCCAAGCAUACCUUGGAUUUCGAACGUGUCUCUAUCCCGCCUCCCGUCAAGGAGCUUCUGGGCAGUAUUCGUACGCCAUCAUCGAGCAGUCCGACGCAGUUGCCGGUCUUUACUGGGUUGAGUGCCGAAGAUGAUCCAAGACUCCGGAUAUUCGAUGAGCUUUAG